AUGUGGAUAUAUGGGCUGCCUGGUGCUGGAAAAACAGUUCUAGCAUCAUAUGUUAUCAAAGAGCUCGAGAAAUUAUGUGAACCUGCCAACGGUAGUGACGAAACGGUGCCAUUCCUGAGCUGGGUCAUUGGCCAGGUAUGUCGACAAAUUAACUGGAUACCGCCUGAGCUGAAACGGCUCCAUGACCGUGGCUGCGAGCCUACAAGCGCGGACUUGGAACAGGUUCUGGAAAUAACAUUGCAGAAGCUCGACAGUCUCUACAUCGUCAUCGACGCAGUUGAUGAAAGUACUCCUCGAGAGGAGCUCCUGUCAUUGAUUGAGACGAUGACAGUCGAUGAGCGGUUUGAAAAGAUUAGGAUACUCGCAACCAGCCGGCAAUACUUUGACAUAGAACAGUCUUUGGGUGAGAUAUCAGAAACCAUAUCAAUGUCAAAUACAAUGGUAGACGCUGAUAUUAGACGGUUUGUACACGCUCGACUACGGUCAAGCCAUCGACUGAAGCGAUGGCACGACCGAUUUGAUGAGAUUGAGGACAUACUUGCCGCCAUGGCACAGGGAAUGUAG